GCGAUUUCAUCGACUGUCAACGGUGGAGAGACAUGCGCCAUGGAGACGGAGGACAUUCUGAAGGGUUUUGCAGAUGGCAGCAAGGAAGGGAAUUCGGCAGGAAGGAACAGUGCAGACUGUGCAGAGGUGCUUGCGACAAUAUGUGCACAGACUGAAGAGAUGAUGGGUGAUGGUGAUGAAACAGAGAAUGAUGCAGGAGGGAGCACUUGUGAGACGGAAACGGCUGGGGAAGAGACAAAGGAGGGAGGUCUGGGAAGCAGGGAAUCUCUGACAGGGUGUAUUGUGAAAGAUGAAAAUGUGGUGAAGACAUCAGCAGGAGAAGAGUACCCAUAUGUCAUCAAUUGGGUGCCGGGUCGUGUUCAACCGGGUAUUGUUGGAGGAGCACCCUGCUUUGCGUUCAAAGUCGAAGGGACAUGGUUCCUCGUGGUUCUGGCACGUGUCUCAAUUUUCAAUGUGAAUGUAAAGAACCACGUCCUGGUGGCUGAACACUCAAAGCAGUGCAGGGAGAAAAUAAGGGAGGAGGAACGUCAAAUGGUGUGCACGGGUUAUGACUCCAUGGCUGACCAGGGGAUGUGGUCCAUGGUUGAGGGGCGUUGUACGGCCCAAGAGCACGGCGACGAUAAAAACAGAUACAUGACUCGCAUUCGUCGCAAGCACGGUUGCACGACCGUUCUUGGUUGGGUCCCGGUCGUAUGUCCCAUGACAUAUGAGCAUGGUGGAGACGUCACCAUGAGAUUCAGAGACCCGCUUGGUGUGCCUUUCCAUCUGACCUACUCAGAUGGACUCCUGCGAGACAUUCGGUAUAUGCCGGAGGAUGGCUUGCCAGGUUCAGCGCAGGCAGGCAAGAGGACAGAGAAGCGCUCAGAAAUUUCUCGUUUGUCUGCUGAGGUGGAGGGCCCAUGUGGUCCUGGUCGCGUCGGGGGGUGCUCUGCAGCACAGGGUGACAUGGGCGGGCCGAGUGAUGUCGCAAUAUCGCAGAGCCCGGGGAAGAAGAAGAAGUGCACGCCGGGUCUGCCACGUGGGCAGACGCCCGCAUGCAGAAAGAAGGUGAACCCGAAGGCGGUGCCAGGGACCGGAGACACCGCAGGUGCACAAACUCAGGUCCCCAGACGCCGUCGACGCCCCGGGAUGGCAACUUUGUCGGAACUCAGAAAGUUGCAACGAUCCACCGACCUUUGCUUGACUUUCAGGCCGUUCUUGCGUCUCGUGCUCGAGGUUGUGGAGCGGGACAUUGCUCCGGGUAUGGGCGUGAGGUUUCAGAUGACGGCGGUGCGUGCUUUGAUGGAGGCUACCGAGGCGUACCUGGUCGCCAAUUUUGAGAACACCAACGAGGUGACCAUCCAUUCGAAGAGGGUGACGAUCCAGAGAGAAAAUAACGAAAGACAAACCGUACGCAUCAUGUCGAUGUCAGUAGCAAAGGUGGAGGCUGCUCUUGCAGAGGUAAUGAAGUAUGCAAAGGAGGGCGUCCACUACAACGGUGACAACGAGUUGUCUUUGCUUCAGGACAGGGUGCCGAGGUACUUCAUAGUCGCUGUGGAUAUGAGAUCCACAAUCAUGGCAAACGGCGAGGGCUGUGUCAAAGCACGAACACUCUUGCAACGCUUCAGAGAGUCACCACAUGUACGURUGGACAACGAUGUGGAAGACAGUGCAUACAGUCUAAAAGGAGUGGUCCAGUGGAUCUGCAGCGAAGGGAUGUGCGAAGAAGGAGACGUGGACAUGACAAUGCAGCAGACAGGGGGGACAUAUACACCUGCGAACUUGGGCAAGUUGCUGGGCACUGUCGCACGGAAUGGGGGAAUGCUGGUUGAUGGGUCGAAGGAGGAGUUGAAGAGUGGUGCUGCAGAAAUAUUGGUGUUGUCCAGAAUGAAGGACAUUACACAAACACCGCCACAAGACUUUCAAGAUGUUCCUGUCAUUAUCGCAGAUGGUGUGGAAUAUAUUAUGCUGGAUCAACUUGUGGACUUCAUGAAAAAGAAUGACGACGACAAGAACGUCAUCCAUGAGGCGUUGCACGAAGUGACAAAGUUUGCACUGCAAGGUCAAGAUCAAAUAGAAUUUGUGCCAGCAAUAACAGAAGACAACAUCAUAUCUAGCAGACCGUUGUGGGGGGAGUUGUUAUCAGCUGCUUUGGAGCGGCUCGGUCUUGCAAGCUGCGAUGUUGAGAGACAAAAGGAAAGAGAAGAAGGGUGGAAGGUGAUGGUCACGGAAACAAAUUUAGCAAUCAUUCCAGACAACGGACAGAUAUCAGCAGCACAAGAAUCAAUAACCAGUAUGGCAGUCGAUGUGCCUCUCAUGCAGACAGCAACGAGAGAGCAGCUAGUGUGUUGCGAUAUCUUCAAUGCUUUCACAAUGGAGAAAGAACAGUGUGAUCGUGGAUUUGAAGAGGCCGAUUUGCCAAGUUGUUGUGCAGAGUACACAGACAGUGCAGAAGAAGAAGAUGAAAAAGAGGAUGAGGGGGCAUCAUCUUCUGACGUGGAAGUGAGCGGCAGCGAUGUCAGCAGCGACGAGGAAGACGAGGAACAUGGUGUAUAUUAUGAUUUGACGGGUGCGGGUGGACAAUCGACAAAAGGCGGCGUCGAGAACCGUCCACCCAAGGCCCUCGAGAAGAGGUUGCGGGAAGACGGAAUGUCAAAGGUCCACCACAUGACAAAGAAGAGAAUCACGUACAAAAAGGACAGAAUGAUGGAGAUGAUCGAUCUGAGAGCCUCGGACGAUGUGCACAGCGCGGCCCGAGAGGAAGCAAAAGAGGAACACAACCAGUCAAUAUCAGAAAAGUCUGACGGGGAGGAGAACGAGGCAACAAGUGACGAGGGAGGUGACAGUCAAACUUCCGAUGGACAUUCUCACGACACUCACAGCGCUGAUGACGAGGAUGGCAGGAGCAGCGACGGCACAGCGCAGGACGAGGGCGGUGACGGGGCAGGCGAAGACGACAGAAGCGCGGGCGGAAGAGGGAGUUCCCCAUCUCCGGGAAGAACGCGACGCACGAGGGAAGCCGAAAGUGCCGGCGAGGGAGGCGCGGCCGACACGCCCUCUAUUGACAGACAACUAGUGAGGCAUGACAACGCAGUUAAGAAAGGUAAACAAAAUGUGCUGAAGUUGCUCCUCUUGCACAACGAUUACGUGGUGACGACGCUAAGUGAUGUCACUUCCUUAUUGCGAGGAUGUCGCUGUGAUGAACUUACAGUUGAAACGGGCUGUCGAAUUUGGCAGGUGCGAAAAUGGGUGCGAAAUGCGGAGUUCUUAAUAUUAUUCUGUGCAUUGUAAUGUGUGUCUUCCAGCAGAUGGCACGAACUCGCAAAGAAAAGUGUGCGCGAGUAAGGGAGGACAGCAACAAGGCAAUCAAGAAAGCGGCGUAUU